AACGCACAAGUAUUUAUACACCAGUUGCACAUAACCAUGGUCACCCAACGCGAGGAACAUGAGAGCAGGAACGUCUAUUGAAGCAAAUGUUAUGUUAUACACACUAUCCGAAGAAUCAGUAUGUGUCCUAUGUGCAGCAGGAUGUCACUAGCAUUGGGUUUGGAAAUGUUUAUCAACCAGCCUCAACCAGGACACGAGAGGGAUUUCAACUAAAACUGAUCAAGAACUGCAACACGGAACAGAACCGAGAUCUAUUCAAAUUGCCAUCACAAUGAAGAUCAUCUGUAGCCUUAUUCUGACACUAACUGUGACCUCUUCUACAAGCCAGAAGACAUGUCAAAUAAAGCCAGACCCCCAGCUUGGUGGCAGCCGUGUUGACUGUCAGAACCUCAACCUUACCUCUGUUCCUGGUGAUCUCCCUCCCAACACUGUCAGUCUGGAUCUCAGCGGGAACAACAUAACAGUUCUCAGGGACCAGGCGUUUGUGCGUCUUCCCAGAUUGAUGUAUUUGAACAUUGUAAACAGUCAAGUAUCACGGUUGGAAGCAAACGCAUUUAAAGGUUUAUCCCUCCUUCUCAGUUUACGCCUUAAUAACAAUAAUCUCCAACUGGACAAUCACACCUAUCCAGAAGAUGUCUUCCGUCCUCUACAAAGUCUUACAGGGUUGAACAUUGGUAACAACGACUGCCGUAUAAGAGGAACUACUCCGGAUUGGAUAUUCAAAUGGUUAAUAAAUUUAGAAACACUGACAAUUGAUACGUUCCAACAUGACAUAUUUGGAAGUGGAUUUGGGUAUUUCCAAAAACUGGUAACUUUGAAUAUAGGGACUGAAUCUGAUGAUGACUGUAUUUAUUUUGCUAUUACCGUUUUACAAAACCACACAUUCUCCGUUUUUGAGAAUACAUCUGUACAGGUGCUGAAUGUAAAAGAUUCCAAACUUCUUGCAAUUCAUGCUGGAGCAUUUCUACCCUUCAAAUAUAUUUCCAAAAUAGUUCUGGAAAACGUUAAGACCUUACCAACUGCUAUGGCUCUACGUGCGUUCUAUGGCCUUAAUGGUAAAAACGUAUCUCAAGUUCUCAUGAGAAAUUCCAACAGGUAUGUCAGUCGAAAUCGAAACCUUCGAAGCCAGCUUAUAACCAAGGAAACACUAAUUUAUCUGACACAUAUUUGCAUCGAACAUCUGGAUCUCAGCAAUAGCCACAUUAUUUACCUUGACGAAAAUUUUAUACUUCUCCUUUCGCGUUGUAUUAAAUAUCUAGAUUUAUCAAACAACAAUAUUUUAGGGGAUCCAUUUACAUUUUUCCGAAUGAGUGUAUGUAAAAAUCUUUUUUUUUUAGAUUUAUCUGACCAAUACAAAUUCAACAGCCACAUGUAUAACUCAGGAGAAGGCAAUCUUGACCCUAAGUUAAAAGUGACUCAAAACAGACUUCAUAGUCUUACCAGGCACAUGGCUGUUUCAGAACAUAGUUCUGUAUCAAAGUUAGAAUCAGUAGGGGCGGGAAUACGUGUUCCUCCUAAUCUACGUAUCUGUAUGUUGAGGGGAACGUUUACUCGCCUGGGGAGGUUUUUCAUAACGGGUGUUACAGGUUCGUCACAUUUAGCAAAAUUAGAUCUGUCCUACAAUGGAGCAUGGGGCUUUGUAAAGCAAAUUAACGGGUUGAGCUUCUUAAAUGAAGUCGAUCUUUCCGGCAAUGAAGGUAGGGGGAUGACAAAGAUUUCUUGCUCUCAUUUCCAAAUAUGACGUCUCUUGCAUUGAACAAUAUGGGUUUCGACAAGGAAACACUCAGAAGAGGAGGGUCAGUACUGGAGGGACUAAAGACGAUGCAUGCUUUACGUUAUUUAGAGAUAGUAGGGAAUGACAUACGGUAUAUGGAUAUGGGGUCCAUCAGGACACUGAUCAGUCUGAAUGUGUCCAGAAAUAACCUUGUGUCUGUUCCUUUUGAACACAAUGACCUGCCUGACCUGCACAUCCUGGACCUAACAGUGAACUCCAUCACCUACUUUGACGAUGACACAAUGGAUAUGUUGGAGAGUCUCGGACAGAAGAACAAGCUGGUCCUGAGGCUGAAGGGAAACCCUCUCUCCUGCUCAUGCCAGUCUCUCUUGUUUGUUCGGUGGAUAUUUUCAGCAUUUGACGGCAAUGGGAACUAUUCAUGUGUUACUGAAUAUGGUGCUCUUACAACAACCCACACAGUGUACAACGAGUUUAAUUACCACUGGACUUCAUGUCAAGGUCGAUUUUGGCUGCCAGUCUCCAUAACACUGAUAUGUUUAAUAGCUCUUCUACUUGUGUCUGCCAUGCUGGUGUCACGGAACUGGACAAGGAUUGCACAUCACAUUUUGGUCCUGAUGGGUCGUGGGAUCCAGCGGGUCACUAGACAAAACUUCAACAAAGAUGCUUACGUAGCCCACUCGGAUGAAGAGCUUCAGUUUGUAAUGCAAGAUCUACGUAUAGGACUGGAGGAUCUACUUGGACUGAAGCUUAUUCUUCCCGACAGAGAUUUCCUACCUGGUCCUUACGUAGCUGACCAUGUUGUAGAAAGCAUUAACAAAAGCUGGAAGACAGUACUGGUUGUGUCCGACGAUUUCCUGGAUGACCCCUGGUCCUACUUUAUCAUUAAGUCAACAGCUUACUACAUUUCCAACCUCAACCCUAACAGAGUGAUUCUGCUCAUGGUGGGAAACGUGAACCGUGGUCGACUUCCUGAACUGCUGCUGAAUGUAACUGACGAGGAGGAUAUCAUCCAACUUGAUGACUUCCCUGAUCCUCACAGUGAUGUAUGGGUCCAUGUAAGGGACAGAAUUCUGACACAAGCAGUAUAGGUUGAAUGCAAAAUAUGUCACUGACUAAAACCCUUUUUGUGUAGUAUAAAUCAUCUGGUUCUGUCAUAUCCGAACAAUGUUAUUUGUUUGAACAGUUACUUCAUGAAAUGUACUCAUACACUUUGCCCGUGGGGACCCAGGGUCGGGGGUUGCCCCUUUUAUCCACCUGCUGGUUGAAAGAGAUGGCUAAAUUGGGCAACCUGUUUGCCGAAGGUUGCAUCCCUGUGUUGCCAGAAAGAUAGAAUCUGAUGGUUGAGUGCCCCGAAAUACUCGUCCAAACACAUGUUGUUGAAAUACUCGUCCCACCACAUAUUGUUGAAAUACUCAUCUCAUCUGACCCCCCUGUUGUUGAAAUACUCGUCCCACCACAUGUUGUGGAAAUACUCGUCCUGUUACGGUAAAAAAAUAGCAUCUCUAAAAUAAUUUCUUUAAUUUUUUUCAAAUUAUUAAAGUUUAAAAUUUUCUUCAAUUUUCAUUCCAAAUUUAACAGUAAAAAGAGUGUUAUUUUAUGUAUGCUUCAGGAUACCAACGGACGAAAGUCUGUUAAGGCUUAAUGCCAUGCUUUUUAGUUUAUGCAUUGAGAGAAUUAGGACCCAUGCGGUCAAAAAUAAGAAAAGAAUGAAUUAAAAGAAUAUGGGUCUGCCAAAAUGGUGUGUUUUCAUGCAUUUGUAUUUCUUUUCCAUUGUCAAUAUAUUUCUGUAGCAAUUUUAAUUCCCAAAAUGUUGUAUUUGUAACUUUUUUUUCUGACGUAAAGAUAAUGUGUUCAGUUUUCAAUCACUAAUGUUUACAUUCUAGUAAAGUUGUAUUUUCAUCAAGUAUUUUCAAUUUAAAUUACAUCAUAUAACAUUAUAUUAUGCAUUUUCUUUCUGUGCAAAUGCUCUUGUAGUUAUUUUGGUACAGUUUAAUGUCUUUUGUCAACUUUUGUUGUUUCAGUAAUUUUCAUACAUUGUUAUUGUUUUAUUUACAUAUUGAACUGCAAACUUAUUAUUGUUUAGUUUUCCUGUGCAGUUAAUCUUCCAACUCCAACGAGGAUAAGGUUUUGUGUAUUUGUUGAUAAUUGAUGAUGAUAAGAUGUGAUACAUAUUAUGAACUUUAUUUGAACAUGAGUGAGUGAGUGAGUGAGUAUGGUUUUACGCCGCUUUUAGCAAUAUUCCAGCAAUAUCACGGCGGGGGACACCAGAAAUGGGCUUCACACAUUGUACCCAUGUCGGGAAUCGAACCCGGGUCUUCGGCGUGACGAGCGAACGCUUUAACCACUAGGCUACCCGACCGCCCCCAUAUUUGAACAUGAACUAUGUAUGUACAAUUGAGAAUGAGAAUGGAAAUGAGAAUGUGAAUAAAAACUUUUGAUCUUGAA